UUCUUGUAUGAAAAAAAUGGAGAAGAUAAUGGAACAGAAAAAGUCUGAUGACUUUUCUUCUUGUAAUUGUGUAAACCCAUGCGAAGAGGACCAGUACCAUAUCACAUCAAGUUCUCGUCAAUGGCCAACAAAAAGUUACGCCGUUUAUCUGAGGGAAAGCAUUUGUGCGGCCUUGUCUCCCAGUACAUGUGAACAUUUGAGAAGUCUAGAUAUGUUCACCCUUGGGUAUAAUUUCAUCAAGAUAAACAUUUAUUUCGAAGACUUAAACUAUGAAUACAUCAAGGAGAAACCAGAAAUUGAGGAGUCUGCUUUUGCUUCCGACAUUGGAGGAGCAUUAGGACAAUGGAUUGGACUGUCAUUUAUUAGUGUUUUUGAAAUUAUUCAGCUAAUGUUGGAAAUAUGUAGGGGUAUUCAUUGUUCGACCAACACGAAAGACAUAAUCGGCAAGCAAUGAUUUUUAUUUCUUUCAACUCAGUAUAUGUUGAGUUUUCCUCGAAGAAUGUUAUGGUUAUUGAUUUUUUAUGUAUAUAUGAAAGAAGAAUAAACACGGCAUAAUA